GAGCCUAAACGAAGUCCAUAUGCCCUUCGGAUAAGACUUAGUCAGCCACGCAUCUUCAAGGUCUGCAGCUAGGUCACCUCUGUGCAAUAAAGUUUUGACCAUGGCAAAGCGAAGACCGGGGGGCUACUGGACUUCACUUUCAUGUUUGCCAACCUUCGCAAUGUUGCUGGCGAUAAUGAAGACCAAAGACAUAGGUGCUUUUGCUGUGGAGUAUGAGAACGUUCUGAACUCGACGGCUGUUCAAGGCAUCGAUGGAUUUUUCCCAGCAAGCAAGGCCUACGUCCUUGCUCAGAACAAGCAUCUCGAGUAUGAGCUUCAAUCUUUGAAGACCACUGUUGCUCAACUGGCUGCCGAGAAUCAGCAAGAACAGAGCAUAAUCAAUAAUUUGGUGGAAAAAGUCAACUCCUUCACUCCAGGUCUCAAUGGAACAGAUGGUAUCAAUGGCUUCAAUGGAACUGCAGGACCCACAGGGGCCACUGGCCUUACUGGUGCGACUGGAGGCACCGGCCCAACUGGCGGCACCGGCCCAACAGGUGGAACGGGCGUAGGAGUGAUAACCGCAGCGCAAGAGCUCAUCACCUUCGACGUCAACGAGAACGGCUCAAAUCUGCCUGCGGAAAAUCAAUUCGGCGCCCGCACAUCUUUCUUCAACCUCAGAUUUGGGUACGGCUUUGGGACUGUGGAGAAUGGCGGCGGAACAUGGUCGCGACCUGACAACACCUACCGCAUUGUGCCUGAGUCCCCGCCGAACGUUGCCGUGUGGUCACCGACUGGACCCGCCACCAUCCAGCCGGCACCAACUGUCGUCAGCUUUGCCCUCAACAGCAUCUAUGUUGGCUACCUCCAAGCCUCUGAAGCGCCCGCCGCCGCCCCUGUCGUCAUCACAGGCUACCUACAGACGAUCGCUGUGGCAGCGUGCUCUUACACAGUGGCCCCAACGGCAGGCCAGCCACCCACGCUGGUGACGACGCCCGGGUGCGGGAAUGUGGACCAGAUCGAGAACACAGACAACAACGGCCAAUAUUUUUUCAUUGACAAUAUGGAUGUCACACUUUUUAAGCUGUCCUAUGCCUGAGGUGCCCAUCCGCUUUUGUUUCCGAAGUUUGGAAUGGAGUAUUUGGAGCAGGUGCCGGAGGCAGACCUUUUGACUUAGCAGCUGCUGGGGAAAAUAUUUGGACACUUAGAACGAUGUCCUAAAACAAUUGCCGAAGUGCUGGGCACUCAUUUGAAUGUGAGAAACCAAGCUCUAGAGUGGAAAGAAGCAGAGAGCAGCUGCUGGAAAGGUUUUCUUAUUAAUUUUCAAAUACUUGGAAUGAAGUCUUGGGGCAGCUGCUGAAAGCAUCUGCUGGGGAGAUUAUUUGGACACUUGGAACGAUAUUCUGGAAGAACUGCCGAAAUCUAGUGCUGGGCACUCAAUUGAAAGUUGGAAAGAAAAACUCUGGAGCGGGCCCGGGAAGAAGCAGAGAGCAGCUGCUGGAAAGGUUUUCUUUAUAAUUUUCAAUAACAUGGAAUG